GCGAGGCCGCCGGGGGGGAGCCACGACGGGCCGGGGCGGCGGCGGCGGCGGCGCUUCCGGGCGGAGGGAGCGGAUAUAAGGGCAGCGGUGCCAUGGCCGCGCCUCUUCCGGCGCCCCCUCAGAGCCGCCAUGACGAAGAAGAGGAGGAACAACGGGCGGGCGAAGAAGGGCCGCGGGCAUGUGCAGCCCAUCCGCUGCACCAACUGCGCCCGCUGCGUCCCCAAGGACAAGGCCAUCAAGAAGUUCGUCAUCAGGAACAUCGUGGAGGCCGCGGCCGUCAGGGACAUCUCGGAGGCCAGUGUGUUCGACUCCUACGUGCUGCCCAAGCUGUACGUGAAGCUGCACUACUGCGUGAGCUGCGCCAUCCACAGCAAGGUCGUCCGGAACCGCUCCCGGGAGGCCCGAAAGGACCGAACACCCCCGCCCCGCUUCCGCCCCGCUGGUGCAGCCCCCCGGCCGCCCCCCAAGCCCAUGUGAGGAGACUCUGCCCGAACGUGGCCCUGGGACCCCCAAGCUCAGACUCAAUAAAGGGUCCUGCUCCGA